AAGAUGAAUUUAUUUUUAUGAAAAAAAAAAUAUAUGAUCGUACUUUGUACAUGUCAAAUUACUGACGACAGUGCAAGUUAAUGACCGAAAUGGCGAUUUUAAUUGCAACAAUUUCCCUUCCACUGCAAAAAAGCAAAACAAAGAACAAACCCGCCAUUAAUAAACCCGAUUGUCCGUUCAUAAUAGCCACCGCACAGUACGGGGAACGAUGGUCCAAAUUGCGCCAGUUAUUAUCUAAUACGUGUAUGUCAUUAUACCUUGCACAGGGGGGCUCUUUAGCGCGGUGUGUCCAUUUCAGAAGCCCCGGCCACCAAGUUGAAAAUCCAACAACGAUUAGUAGAGUCUUUAGUCCACACUUGGGAACAGCCUUAAACGAUUGGGUUUGCGAAGAAGAGACGAAAAUUAAACAAAAGAAGUCAAGAAGUAAUGGAAAUAAUUUCAAUUUUUGAACUAUUUUUAGUCCGAUUUGCAUGCAUCCCUUAAAAGUGGACAUUGUGAAACUUGAAAUAUGGGCUCAAAUCUCUACAAUUUUUCAUCUUACGUAGAGUGACUGUACUCCCACUAUGGUUGAACGCUUUUUUGUUGCCGUUUUGUUUUCUUGAAUCGGUCCUUUGUUCUGUAAUGCUGCAUUUGUGGAUUUUUGCAAGCUUUCGAACAAAGUUUGUGUCUUUCCUGGUUGGUAACCCUUGGUUGUAUAUUUGAACUUUUUAUUUUAAAUUUAUAUCAAAAUCAGAUUUUUAUUCGUUUUUGAAUUUGUGCGUUUCUGUCUUACAUUGAAAGAUAUAUUUUUUGGAUGUUAUUAUUUAAGGGUUGCUCAGCACGGGAAUUACUUUUUUGAUGGGGGCGUUGUUGCGGUUGUCCUUGGCGACUAAGUACCAUCGAAGUGCAUUAUCACUUGUUGAACCUUUUGUUUCUGUACAAACUACUGGAAAGGACAAUAAACCCGUAGGAGUUGAUAUUAAAAAUAAAUCACUUAUUUUCUGUUUGAUGCAUUAUUUUUAGAAUGAUAUUACACUCAACCCCAGUGGUUGGUCACUUUUCGUUUGACACUUUUAGUUUGUACCUCGUUGGUUUGACAAAGUCAAACUAAAAAGUGACGAAAUGUCACUUUUACACGGCGCGCACGCACGCUACCAAAACAAACGUUUGGUAGUAUGUGUGAACUCCUUGUAAAAGGGGUUUCAAACUAAAAGUGACCCCGUUCGUUUGACAACAGUUGGUGUCAAACCAUCGGGGUUUGAGUGUAUUGUAGUUGUUUUUUUCUAUUUUAGGUAAUCAUUUAUAUUUUUAACAAAUUUACAAAAUCACAACAAAAGUGCAUACUAAUUGGUGGGAAAGUUUGCAAAGUGUUUUGUUCAAAAACCAAAAGCCCACCAAAUCGCUCUGUCACGCACGUGGCUGCGUUUCGGUUACGUGACAUAUCGUCGCGGACGUGUGUGACACAGAUUUCAAAAAACAUUACACACGCAAACUUUCGGGUUGGCGCGAGAACGGAAUUUGCUUGAUGCUGCCCCUUUCAGAUCAGCGGGAACGGGUCGUACGUGGUGGGUGUCAUAAUUCCGCGUUUUGAUUGUUGUAAAACGUGAGACUCAUUCGUUUCGUUUGAUAUCAUUGUUGGCUCGUGAAUAUGGUUUUUUGGUACUGUUAAUGGGAAUUUAAUGUGGGUGCUUGACACUUUUGCAUUAACUUGGUGGGGAGUUUUCAGCAGAUAACAAAUGAGCUAUUCUCUCAAAAAAAAAUCUGUUGCUUUUUUUUGCGGAAACUUUGUGAAGCCAUUUUUUAGAACUUCCAUACAAAUCUCCAUACAAUUUUGACAGCAAUCAUACAAAAAAAAUAGAGAAAGAUUCAAAAUCUGGCAACCAUGGCCGUUACUGACAAUGACCUUAAACAAUCUUAAAUGAAUCGUUUUCAUCACAGAAACAUUUCCCAUACUUUUCCCCACUCAGUUUGACCGACUUUCCCCAACUGACAGAAUCGGCUAACGAACUAAACCAAACCUCAGACCAUAACCUCUCUUCGCGCAGAAAAGUGAAAAACAAGAAAGUGCGGCAUCUUGAAAGAAGCAAAAAACGCGAAGUAAAAUGCGUGGGAAAUGGAAGCCAAGUGUGUGAAAACCAGAGCACCGUGAACUUUGGCUCAGAAAAUCCGAGUGCCGACAGUUAUCAUAAACAUAGUUUAAGAUAGGAAGAAAAGAAAAAUGGAGCAAGUGAAAGCUCGCACGGUUGGCAGCACUGCCGCGCUAACGGAGAAGGUCGCCAACGUGGAUCGGGGAGAAGUUGCUGCAGUAGCGGAUAUUGAGGAGGAUGAUCGUCUUUUGCGGAGUGUGUUCAUUCCGGCGGAAGCCGGGGGCAGUCUGGGACUGCACCUGAGUCGAACUCCGUGGGAUCCGUACCCGUGGGUUUCCGGCGUACUUCCGGGAUCGUGCGCGGAGAAGGCUGGCGUGCGGAUUGGAGACUGUGUGCUGGAGGCCAACGGCGAAGACCUGCUCGGUCUCAAGAUCAUUGAGAUUGCCAAACGAGCCUUAGAUCGCUCGACAAAGCCCGGCGUCAGUUUGCUGCUGUGGAACUCGGGAUUCGAGAAGAAUAACCUCAACCCCCAGUCGCUGUCACGGUUCGCGAGCUGUCUCCAGGGCAUUGCCGGGCUGCUCGAGUGCCCCGUUUGUUUGGAGGUGAUUCGGCCGCCGUCCUGGCAGUGCUACCACGGCCACCUGAUCUGUUCCGGGUGCCGGUCCCGCAGCAGCAAGUGCCCAAUUUGCCGCGUUUUGCUGGGCCGGGGGCGGUGCAUCGUGGCGGACAAGCUUUUCAACUUUCUCGUCCAGACGCUGGGGCAGCACGAUGCUGACAAGCAUCCUCCUGGACCCAACCCAUCAGCCAACACUCCGUCCUCCGGCGAUCCAAAGUCAUCUAAUGGCCAGCAAAUUAACGCACCACUUUGGCGCCGCCCAACGUGGUCCAUCCAGCAGCCCCUUCACCGCCGACUGCAUCGACACUACAAACAGUCGUUGAAAUUAAAAGCAAAUAGCUCCACCCCACCAACGCCGCCCGGAGUGGCCACCGUAAAAAUGGCCACCCUCUACUGCUGUCCGUCCGGUCAACCGUGUGACAAGAUGAAAAAUCAACACGACAUAUUAAUUCAUUUGCAAAAGUCACAUCAAACGAGUGUCGUCCAGUAUUACGUGGCCCCCGGGGAACCGGUCCGGGUCCAUCUGGCCGCCGAGAAGGCCUCGUGCGUGACGUGCGUGCUGGUGCGGGGCGAUGACGAGAAUAAUAACAAUCACGCGCUGUCCCAGAGCUGCCCCAGGACGAAUCGCGCUAAUUGCCGAUUCCAGGAGCUGUUCUUUGUGGCCAAGUUUCGGUGCAUGGAAUCGGCCGGACAGGCGCUGUACUGGCUGUGGCAUCUCGGGGCGCAGGAGGAAGCGGGAAGGUACCGGGUUACACUGGCUGAGGAAGGGGGAGCUGCGGGGAGCAGUUGGACCGGAAGUCCCGUUUCGUUGAGGCAGAACUGCAAAGAUGUGCUGAAGUCGAAACAGUUUUUUAAGAUGGAUUAUGGGGCGCAGGGAAUGAUGGUUACAAUUGAAGAGUAGUAGACAAAUUAGCGAAUUUAUUUAGUUAAUAAUA